UAUCUCGCGGCCCCGGCGUCCCGCGAGCUCCAGCGCCCCUGAGAAGCUUCCAACCAAAAUAUCCGACGCAGCUCGUGCUCCUCCAUCCCUUCCUUCUCGUACUUUCCAGAACGUUCCGCGCCUUCCCUAUAAGUACCAGGACGCCACCCCAUGUCUCCCGCCAAAGCACCGACCCGCGCACCCGCCUACCCGACGCAGCAGACUCCGCCGGAUGGAGCACCCUGCGGCCGUGACGGUCAAGCAGGAGGAGGACGACGACGAAGUGGUGGUGGUGCUGGACGCUGGGGGGCGAGCAGGCGCGGCGUUGGCGCCGGCGCCGGAGCCCUGGCAGUCGCCGGCGGCGUCUCAGGUUCCGCCGUUCCUGGCAAAGAUGUUCGAGCUGGUGGAGGACCCGGCGACGGACGGCGUGGUAUCGUGGAGCGCGGCGCGGAACAGCUUCGUGGUGUGGGACCCGCACGCCUUCGCGGCGGGGCUCCUCCCGCGCCGCUUCAAGCACGCCAACUUCUCCACCUUCCUUCGGCAGCUCAACACCUACGGAUUCCGCAAGGUGAGCCCGGACAGGUGGGAGUUCGCGCACGCCGACUUCCUCGCCGGCCAGCACCACCUCCUUGCCAACAUCCGCCGUCGUCGCGGCGCCGCGCCGGGAGGAUCCAGGACGGCGAGGACCAGCGCGGCCGGGAGCGGCGACCGUGAGAAGGAGGAGCUCGAGAAGCUGCGGCGCGACCGCGAGGCGCUGGUGCGGGAGCUGGCGCGGCUGCGGCGCGGGCAGCAGGAGGCCCGCGCGCAGCUGCUGGACAUGGAGCGCCGCGUGCGGGGCACGGAGCGGCGGCAGGAGCAGUGCACGGCCUUCCUGGCCCGCGCCGUCGGGAACCCGGGCUUCCUGGACGGCCUGCUGGCGCGCCGGGGCCGCGCGGCGCCCGUGGAGGCCGGCAGGAAGCGGCGGCUGCUCGACGCCGCCGCGGCCGCGCCGGACGCGGCGGACGUCCUCGCCUUCGAGGAGUUGGCGCUGGCGGCGGGCGCCGAGGUCGAGGCGGCUCCCGUCCUGGCCGCCGCGGCGGCGAGCCAGGUCUCCAGCAGCACCGCCACCGCCACGGACAUGAUAUGGUACGAGCUGCUCGGGGAGGAGCAGGUGGAGAUCGAUGACGAGGUGGAGGAGCUCGUCGCGGCCGCGGCCGCCGCGGAGGCGGCCGAGCCGUGGGAGGAGAUGGGCGACGAGGAGGUGGAGGAGCUGGUGCAGCAGAUUGGCUGCCUGGGCUCGCCAAGCCCUUGAUCACCACGAUUCCGCAAGGUGCAGACCGUGCAGCUGCAAUGGUGCUCAGUGCUGAGCACUCAGCAGCUAACUUACAAUGGCGGCACUGGAGCUGUGUGGGUACAGUACUCCAGCAGUGUGCCUGUGGAUUGGACCAUAAUGGCCGUGUCUUGGCUUGUGUAUUAGUAUCGUUAGCCUUCCUAUUUGAUUGUGGAUCCGAUGAUGGCGAUGAGUCAUACAACCCAAGGAGUGGGCGUGUCCAUGGAUGCAGCGGCCUGCUCCAGGUGGUUGAUGUACUUAUAAGGUUAUGUCGCAUGCGGUAUGAAUGAAUUUUCAUUGUUCAGAGGCUCUUUCAGUGACGAGGAUUUUCUUUGUUCACUCCUGAACUUCAGGUGAUUGGAUUGGAGUUUCUCGUAUGAUCAGUGAGCUUCCGAUGGUGGUUUCCUUCUCUUGAUGACGCUGAUGUGGCGAGCUUCCCGUGAUGGUUUCCUCGUCUGUUUUGCUUUUAGGGGGGAGGAGCAGCGGAGAACCGCCGGAUAUGGAGUGCCGGUGCCAGGCCAAGGGCAAGAGGAGACGGCUCGAUGGAGCCGGAUCCCGGUAGCGGGGCAGGGGCAGCGAUCACAGAUCCGGCAGUGAGGACUCAAUCGGAGGCAGGAAGGAGGUGGACGGGCUGGGGUGAGCUGUGUGCACCUGAGGAAGCACAAUGUGCUUUUGCGCCAGGAAAAGAAACAGCGCCUCAUGGAGGAAGAAAGAAGGAAUGGACGCCGUUUGAUGUACAUCCAACGGGUGGAGAUGGCCGACCUGAAGAAACGGAAAUAGCUAUCAGCCUAUCACAUCGCGUUUUCGUUUUCUGAUGGAUUUGAUCAGUAGCAGAAGAACAGAAGUCAAAGAAGAAACUCCUGGUGACAAACGAGCACUGUUGGGGGCACUUUGGGCUGAAUAUUUUGCCAAUGUCCCCAGGCCUCCCAAGGACCACAAGAUGUGGCUCCGCCCCCAAACAGGAACAACUGAACAUCUCACCCAGAUAAGCUCACUCUUCAAUAUUCUGAUGACGCCCGCACGGGGGGCACAUCACAUCUUGAUCAAGGCA